AUGCAGAGACAAAAGAAGUACUUGACCAAGGGCGGGCUGGCUCGGGAGGACUCAGAUGACGAGCUCGGCUACGACGACCAUCCGUGGCAAUGGAUCUACGAGUCCGACGAAGCUCCUCCAUCGGCCGAGGACGAGAAGGCGCCGACGACGACGAAGAAACGAAAGGCCAGCGUCCUCAGCCAGAACACCAAAAAGCGUGUUAUAGUCGGUGCGCGGAUGGGAUCGUUCUCGGUGCGAGUCGGAGACGCAAUUCUGUUGAAGUCUCCUGAGCAGGGAAAGGACUGGGUUGGACUAAUUUGUUCCUUUUCGGAAACCAACGAGGACGGAGACGACGAGAUGUGUGCGUAUAUCCAGUGGUUCUGCACCCCCGAGGAGCUGGCAUUUGGGAAGAGGUCCAAGAUCAGACCGGAUGUGUUGCCCAACGAGUCAUACAUCACGGCGGACUUCAACGUGAACCCAUUGACUGCAAUCAACGGGAAAGCUACUGUCCUGUCGAAGGAUGCGUUCUUCCAAAAGUAUCCUGGUGGAUUGCCACCCAAGUCCAAGUCGGGCCAAAGCCGAUAUGCAAAGACAAUUCUGUGUCGGCGAGGGGUCAAGCAGCGGACCCUGCAGUUCACAGAGGAUUUCAUCUGGGAAGAUAUCUACAAGGGACCCGAGGACCUGCUGGAUUUGAUCGACUGGAUCAAGGAACAGACCAAAGGGAACAGGAAGCAUCUGCUGGCCAAGGAAGAUCACGAGUACGAGCAGAAGCGAGAGGCGCAAGAAGAAGAGCCCCGGACGCCACACAAGCGACGAAAGAUGACGGCAACCGCAUCGACCCCCAAAUCAGCGGUCAAGGCGUCCAAGUACACGACACCAACCCACAAACGAAUCAUGAUCAAAAAGCCCAUCGAGAUCACGCCUCUAGGAACGCGAAUCCUCUCUCCGUCUCAGUACAUGUCCACGCCAUAUUCGCACGCACGCACGACGCUCCACGUUUCGGCCGUGCCGACCUCUCUACCCUGCCGGUCCAACGAAUUCAGCACCGUCUAUUCGCAUCUGUACUCGGCCAUCGUCGACGGCUCCGGAACCUGCAUCUACAUCUCGGGCACCCCGGGGACAGGCAAGACGGCCACGGUGCGCGACGUGGUGGCUUCAUUACAUCAAGCGGUGUUGAACGAAGAACUGGACGACUUCAACUUUGUGGAAAUCAACGGCAUGAAGGUCACGGAGCCACACCAGUCAUACUCGCUGCUCUGGGAAGCGCUGAAAGGCGACCGGGUCAGCCCACAUCAUGCAUUGAGCCUGUUGGAGCAGGAAUUCUCGCACCCUUCCCCUCGGCGUAUCCCUUGCGUCGUGCUCAUGGACGAACUAGACCAGCUCGUCACCAAGAACCAGAGCGUCAUGUACAACUUCUUCAACUGGCCAGCGAUGCGGCAUUCGAGACUGAUCGUCCUGGCGGUUGCCAACACCAUGGACCUGCCGGAGCGAACGUUGUCGAACAAGAUCAGUUCGCGGCUGGGAUUGACCCGAGUCACCUUCCCGGGCUAUACGCACACACAGCUGAUGGAGAUCAUCUCGUCGCGGUUGCAAGACGUGCCGGGCAACAUUGUCGACCAGGAUGCCGUGCAGUUUGCCAGUCGCAAAGUUGCAGCCGUGUCAGGCGACGCACGCCGGGCGCUGGACAUCUGCCGCCGCGCCGUCGAGAUUGCCGAGCAGUCUCAGCAGUCGCAGCAAACUCCACACGCUGCUUCGCCGGAGGGUGAGAACGAGGACGACGAGACUGCGGUCACGGCCAGUGCAAACACACCGAGCCGCAAAGGUAGAGGCGCGGCCAAGGAGAGUUCGCACCCAAAGGCAGAGCCGCGUCACGUUCUCCCCAGAGUGACAAUAGCCACAAUCAAACAGGCCAUCAAUGAAGCGACCUCUUCUCCCAUCGCACAACAUCUCCGUUCCCUGCCGCUCGCUGCCAAACUCUUCCUCGCCGCUCUACUCGCACGCACUCGGCGGACGGGGGUGGUCGAGUCCACCUUCGGCGAUGUGGUGAUGGAAGCCAAACGCAUCGCCGACGUGGCCGACAACAGCGCCAUCCACGAUUUUCUACUCAUCGACAGCACGGCCGGGAAGGCAAGCUCCAGCUCGACUAUGCCGCGGAUACUGGCGCUGGGAGCGGCAGCCAUGGACCUCGUCGAGGCGGGCGUGGUGGCCAUGGAGGCAAGGAGCAGGGGCGAAAGAGCGGGCAAGGUCAGAUUAAGAGUGGGCGAGGAGGAGGUGAAGAGUGCGUUGAUGGGAGACGAUGAGGCCAAGGGUCUGGGGUUCAAUGCCUAA